AUUAUUCUCCCCCCCCCUAUCCGAAAGAUCUCAACGAUCACCCAACAAAAUGGGCGCGACGACUCUCCUCUCCCUCCUCUUACUCGCCUCUCUCCUCACCGCCACCUCCGCCCUGCCGCUCUCCACCUCCUCCCGGUGGAUCGUCGACGAGAACGGGCAGCGCGUGAAGCUCGCAUGCGUCAACUGGGUAGCUCAUCUCGACGCCGUCGUCGCUGAAGGCCUCAGCAAGCAGCCCCUCGACGCCAUCUCCAAGCGUAUCACCGCCCUCGGCUUCAACUGCGUCAGACUGACUUGGCCGCUCUACUUGGCCACCAACGACUCCCUCGCCGCCGUCACUGUUCGUCAGUCGUUUCAGAGUCUCGGACUGCAAGAUUCCAUUGCUGGGGUGCAGUCCAACAACCCCUCCCUCAUCGAUCUUCCUCUGCUGAAAGCUUUCCAGGAAGUGGUUUCCAACCUUGGAAACAACAAUGUGAUGGUUAUACUAGACAAUCACGUAAGCAAGCCUGGUUGGUGUUGUAGCAGCUCUGAUGACAAUGGUUUCUUUGGGGACAAGUACUUUAACCCUGAUCUUUGGAUCAAGGGCCUUACUCAGAUGGCCACGUUGUUCAAAGGCGUGUCCAAUGUGGUUGGCAUGAGCUUGAGGAAUGAGCUGCGAGGUCCCAAACAGAAUGUUGACGAUUGGUACAAGUACAUGCCGAGAGGAGCUGAGGCUGUGCACUCAGCAAACCCAGAUGUGCUUGUGAUUCUAUCUGGCCUGAGUUAUGACACAGACUUGUCUUUCCUUAGCAACCGACCAGUAAAACUUACAUUUUCCGAGAAACUAGUAUAUGAGGUGCACUGGUAUGGUUUUUCAGAUGGUCAGGCAUGGGCGGAUGGCAACGCCAACCAAGUCUGUGGUCGUGUAUCGGGUGAAGUGAAGAGAAAGGCAGGGUUUUUGCUAGAUAAAGGGUUCCCAUUAUUUGUGAGUGAGUUUGGGGUUGACCAAAGAGGAACCAAUGUGAAUGACAAUAGGUACUUAAACUGCUUCCUGGCUGCAGCUGCUGAAUUUGAUGUUGAGUAUGCUCUUUGGACUCUGGUUGGAAGUUAUUAUCUCAGGAGUGGCGUGCUCGGCAUGAAUGAGUACUAUGGACUCUUGAACUGGAACUGGGGUGAAAUUCGUAAUUCAAGUUUGCUGCAGCGACUUUCUGUCAUCCAAUCUCCUCUCCAAGGGCCAGGAAUAUCUCAAUCCAGGAAGCAUAAGAUUAUUUUGCAUCCAGCCACAGGCCUUUGCCUUCUCAAAGUUGGCUUCACAGGGCCAUUGAAGUUGGGUCCAUGCUCUCAGUCAGGAGCCUGGAGCUAUUCAUCCAGGAAGGUCCUAGCGCUUAAAGGAACAUAUUUCUGCAUACAAGCUGAUCAACUAGGACAACCAGCAGCAGUUGGAAUAAUUUGUACGGGCACAAAUUCACAAUGGGAAACCAUUUCAGAUUCUAAAUUGCACCUCCAGUCUAUGACCCCAGACGGUACUAAAGUUUGCCUAGAUGUAGACUCCGACAACACCAUCGUCACAAAUUCCUGCAAAUGCUUAAGCAAAGAUAGUUCAUGUGACCCAGGAAGCCAAUGGUUCAGUCUUGUUGAUAGCACGAUAAAUUCCAAGCCUACAAGUCCCAUUAUCCAGGUCAAUUCUGUCUUGGAUAUGAUUGGAAUGAAUGUGUUAUGAAGUGUAGAUAUACUAUUUGAUCAUAAGUAUUAAAAAUAGUACAAAUCUGUAAAGAAAUAAGUUAUUUGUGAAGGCAGUAAGCAGUUAAAUGUACGAAAAUAUGUAAUUAUCAGUUAAAUGUAAAUAUGAUGUGAUGCUAGCCUGCUAAGCUUAUUUCAAACAGUAAUGAUGCUGCAUUCUUUGA